UUACGAGGCGGGGGCGGCACUGCAGCGCCGAAGGGGUGGGGCGCACGCUGGAUCCUAAGUGGAGUGGGAGCGCGAAGAUGGCCACGGCAGAGGAGGAGCCGAAGCCCAAAAAGCUGAAGGUGGAGGCGCCGCGAGCGCUGAGUGAAAAUAUUCUCUUUGGAAUGGGAAAUCCUCUUCUCGACAUCACUGCUGUAGUGGAUAAGGAUUUCCUUGAUAAGUAUUCUCUUAAAGCAAAUGACCAAAUCUUGGCUGAAGACAAGCACAAGGAACUGUUUAAUGAACUUGUAAAAAAAUUCAAAGUCGAAUAUCAUGCUGGUGGUUCUACCCAGAAUUCAAUGAAAGUGGCCCAGUGGAUGAUUCAGAAGCCACACAAAGCAGCAACAUUUUUUGGUUGCAUUGGGACAGAUAAAUUUGGGGAGAUCCUGAAGAGAAAAACUGCCGAAGCGCAUGUGGAUGCUCAUUACUAUGAACAGAAUGAGCAGCCAACAGGAACUUGUGCUGCAUGCAUCACUGGUGGCAACAGGUCCCUUGUAGCUAAUCUUGCUGCUGCCAAUUGUUAUAAAAAAGAAAAACAUCUUGAUAUGGAGAAAAAUUGGAUGUUAGUAGAAAAGGCAAGAGUUUAUUAUAUAGCAGGCUUUUUUCUUACCGUUUCACCAGAGUCGGUGUUAAAAGUGGCUCAGCAUGCUUCUGCGAACAACAGAAUUUUCACUUUGAACUUGUCUGCACCAUUUAUUAGUCAGUUCUACAAGGAACCAUUGAUGAAAAUUAUGCCUUACGUUGACAUACUUUUUGGAAAUGAGACAGAAGCUGCCACUUUUGCUAGAGAGCAAGGCUUUGAGACUGAAGACAUUAAAGAGAUAGCCAAAAAGACCCAAGCUCUGCCAAAGGUGAACUCGAAGAGGCAGCGAGUCGUGAUUUUCACCCAAGGGAGUGAUGACACUAUAAUGGCUACAGAAAGUGAAGUCACCGCUUUUGCUGUCUUGGAUCAGGACCAGGAAGAAAUUAUUGAUACCAAUGGAGCCGGAGAUGCAUUUGUUGGAGGUUUCCUGUCUCAGCUGGUGUAUGACAAGCCGCUGACUGAGUGCAUCCGUGCUGGCCACUAUGCAGCGAGCGUCAUAAUUAGGCGGACUGGCUGCACCUUCCCCGAGAAGCCCGACUUCCACUGAGGAGGCGCAGGAACCCAGGCCAGGGGGCACAGACACUGCCCGACCGCUUCCUGAGAAUCCCCAGCGUAACACAGAAAAUGAUCUGCCACCUUUUCCUACAUAAUAAUGGUCAAUCUUAACUUAGAAUGUGUAGUAAUGCUCAGUAGAAUCUUUAUUCUCUCAACAAACUCAAAAAUGAUUGUUUAUUUCCAUAGUGUGAUAGUGCCACUUAAAUGUCAAUUAAACAGGAAUAUAACAUUUCAAUAGAAAUUUUUAUUUCAUUUUCAAUUACUUUGUAAAUUCAUGUGUAUUUAGCAAAUUGAUCAGGUUUUUUUACAUUUCUGCUUUGAAUGCAGGUGCAAUUUAAUAUAAUAGAUAUUUUUAAAGGAAUUAACCUAACACAUCAAUCUUUAGCUUUUUAUACAAGUAUAUUUAGGGAUAUGUGUGUGUGUGUGUAUGUGUGUGUGUGUACACACAUUCAUACAUAUAUGUACCACAUAUACACACAAUAAAUAGCCAAAUAAGGUACAGAAAUAUUUACCUUGCCAAGUUAUGCCAAAUCAUCUCUUCAGUGUAUAAUCAAAUAUAUCAUAAACUUUGGAUAAUUAAAUAACUUGCCAAAUUAUAAAUUAUAUUAUAUUCAAAUCAUAAUCUUAUAUUUACUUAUGGUACUCUGUAAUUUGAUACAAAUAAAAGCUUGUGAUAUGGGAAUUUUUUCUGUCUUUGCUCUGUCAGUGCUCAACAAACUGAGAAAGAAAAAUCAUUAUUUAAUAUUGAUCCCUGAAAUGAUAUCGAAUUUGUUACUGGAGAUAGAAGAACAAUAUAACACAUUGAAAAAUAAUAAUAUUGGAGACCAAAACAUCACUGUUUAAGGAAGAUGAAAUGGUACAAUAGAACCUCAGGAGUCAGACUUACCUUCCCAUGAUCCUGGGAAAAUUACUCAGCCUCUUUGAGCUUCAAUUUCUUUUCUGUAAAAUGGGAUAAUAGCACCAAUGUACAAGGUUAUUGAGGUGAUUUGAGAGAGAAAACAAAGUAUAAAAUGCUUGGUACAAUGCCUAAUAAGUGCUUAAUUACUAUUUUUAUAAUGAUUAUUGUUAUUGAAGAAAAAAGGAUAAUAUUUAUAAAACUGAAUUAAAUCAUAGAAAAAGGUUCAAGUUUUUGUUUUAUGUUUAGGUAAACUUUAAGGUCUCCAAUGCCUGCUUGUCCUUUUGAAGUAUUAUUGAGAUAAUUAAUGUACCAGAGAAUCUUCCAUUUUAAAGGAUACAAAUCAGUGGUUUUAGUAUAUUCACAAAAUUGUGCAGCCAUCACUGUAUCUAAACCAAGCACAUUUUCAUCACCCCAAGAAAGAAACCCUGUACAUCCCAAUUCACCCCAUUCUCAUCCCCUGGCAACUACUAGUCUAUCAUCUGCCUGUGUAGAUUUGCCUGUUUUGGACAUUCAUAAAAAUGGAGUCAUA